UUGGAUGAUGUUUUCUCUUGGGUUGGCACGUAGUUUAUCCGUAUGUCUGAGGAACCGGUUGGAAGGGGUUCCAGACGACAUCAACAACCUCGCAGACUCACUCGCUAGAUGGACGGUCGGGUCUGUCCAACGGCGUUAUUUCACGGUACCCUCUGCGCACUGUUUCCUCCUCUUCGCGAUGCAUUUCCCGCAGGUUGUUUUUUGUCACCCUCCCUCUUCCCUCUUCCCUCUCUACUUUUUUUCUCCCUUGCGGAUACACUACUUUUGUUGAGGGGGUUUAUUGCCGUCGUCAUCAUCCCGUGGCCCACUCACGAUACGAGCCUAGAUCCCAGAUACUCUAUUAUCGUCGCGGAAUCAAGGACGCCCCUUGAAGGAACGGCCACACCCGACGGGUGGUGAAUCGCGCAACGCGGCAUACCAAUCCUCCGCGGUGGUAGAGCAGAGACUCUGGGCCAAGGUCCAGCCCCCGAGGAGCGCCGGAGUCCGCCCCGAUCCACCGGGGCCCAGCGUUGGAGCUCAACGGCUGUGCCAGGGAACCCUAAUCAUGGCUCGCUGAGGGCUUCAUGUUUGCCCACGCAGUGGUCCUAUGAUCCAGCAUGCUCCAUGUUAAAGCUCUGGCGUGCCUAUGCGGAUCCGACACCCCUCCCAUCCCCAAACGCCCAAGCCUCUUCGCGUUGUGUGGCAUGUGCUGCAGAUGCGGCGAUCCGGGUCCGUUGAACGUGGGUGCUCCCACGGCCAACCACAACGGCUGACAGCUGCCGACGCAGAAGGUCCGUCACCGUGGCCCGUUACCAAUAAAUCGCCACCUGGGGGACGGCCCGUUUAACGAGGGUAAUACUUGAGGGAUCAGAGAUGGGAAGGAGGGGGGAGGGGGGCUUGAGCGCAUCGGCAGAUGAUCUCGUGGGCUUGAAUUCGUCAUCCGUCUGGAGAAAGGGGCCCUGUACACUAAGAUAGCUUGUUUGCGCGUAUUUUGGACAAUGGCUUGGAGAUGUGAGGUUGCUUCGUGCCCGCUCGGAUGCCCUUUUCACUAGGCGCUUUCUGUUUUGCAGUCAGUUAUGCAUGGUGGGAAGUAGAGUAGCGUCCAGUACGACGUGGGCGCCAGUCAUGAUCCAAUAUGCGACACGACGCAAGGUACGUAGCGUGCGUUGCGCUGUAGGUCCUUCUACCCAUGCGUCGGGCGCCGUAUCGCAUAAGAAAGGGCGAGGGUAAUGUGUGACGAUUGAUCUACAGCACAUGGCCGAUCAAAGACGA